AUGAAGUAUUGAAGGUAACUAGAAAGGAGGGCAUGAAGAUCGGAGCCGACCUCAACGUCUGUAUAGUUGACGAUCCAAGUAUAAACAAGAGCCAAUUCCUCGAGUCGAAAUUCCAAGUGAACGGGGCUGUAUUAGAGCCGCCUAAUCCUGUACAGGUCACCAUACACGAAGCGAUGCAGCAACAGGCCGUAUCCAUUUGCAAGGCAGGCAUCCAGGCUAUGAUGAAUGCUCAAGCGUUUCUCCUGCCCGCUGAAAUCCUGUGA